CAGUUUAUAUUACAUACAUAGUAAAAAGUAGAGAGUAAUUGUAAUUUCUAUAUCGUAAGACUGUUUACCACCAAAGUCGUCGCCUACGUUCGAAACGACCAAUGUUUUUUUAUACAAUUCGCAAUUUUCUAAUUGUAUUUAUUAUUGUUUAUUUCUGAAUGAAAAUACCACUGUGUUGCAAUUGUAAGUUACAAGUUACCAAGUCGCACCUAUAGUCGUGAUUCAUUGAAUAGUUUUGAUUAACCUCGAUAUGAAAUUUGACAUUUGACCACUCAUUUGACACUGUAGGAUUAUUUACGUAUUUGUUACAAGGGAGCGAUUAUUUAAAUAAAUUUUAGGUUUAGUAUUAUCAAUUCAAGAUGAAGAAAAAGGUACUGUUAAUGGGUAAAAGUGGUUCGGGGAAAACAAGUAUGCGUAGCAUUAUUUUUGCCAAUUAUAUUGCUCGUGAUACUAGACGUCUUGGAGCAACAAUUGAUGUAGAACAUAGUCAUGUUCGAUUUCUUGGCAAUUUGGUACUAAACCUUUGGGAUUGCGGUGGCCAAGAAGCAUUUAUGGAAAAUUAUUUUGCAUCACAGCGUGAUAAUAUAUUUAGAAAUGUAGAAGUAUUGAUCUAUGUUUUCGAUGUAGAAUCUAGAGAAUUAGAUAAAGACAUGCAUUACUAUCAAAGCUGUCUAGAAGCCAUAUUGCAAAAUAGUCCAGAAGCAAAAAUAUUCUGUUUAGUACAUAAGAUGGAUCUGGUGCAAGAAGAUCAACGAGAUUUAAUAUUCAGGGAGAGAGAAGAGGACCUAAAAAGACUUAGUUUGCCCCUUGAGUGUACUUGUUUUAGAACUAGUAUAUGGGACGAGACAUUAUAUAGGGCAUGGUCUUCAAUUGUGUACAUGUUAAUUCCUAAUGUGAAAGAACUCGAACAGAGUUUAAAACAAUUUACAAACAUUAUCGAUGCAGAUGAAGUACUUUUGUUUGAAAGAGCAACGUUUUUAGUAAUUAGUUAUUGUCAAAGGCAACAUCACAGAGAUGUACAUAGAUUCGAAAAAGUUUCCAAUAUAAUAAAACAGUUCAAGCUGAGUUGCAGUAAACUGGCAGCACAAUUUCAAAGUAUGGAAGUUAGGAAUACGAAUUUUGCAGCGUUUAUCGAUGUAUUUACGUCGAAUACAUAUGUAAUGGUUAUUAUGUCGGAUCCCGCUAUCCCGUCGGCAGCAACGUUAAUCAAUAUUCGUAAUGCGCGAAAACAUUUUGAAAAGCUAGAGCGUGCUAGUCAAAGCUCAGCCUUAAGUAGAUAGAAAUCAAUUCGGCCCAGGCGCGUUGUCACCCGGGUCCAAGCUGUUAAUCAUUGUUGAAUCUAAGAGUCACUUUGAAACGGAGUCACUAGAAUGAGAGUACAAUUGCACGAGAACACUCUUAUUGACCAAACUGUAUUAAUAAAUUUGCUAAUGAACUAAUAACAGCAACACGCAACUCAUAACGGUGUAACAAUUAAGUUUUCAAAGAAACUUACGUUAUUUCUAAACUCAGGAUCUUCAAAGCAUUUAAUUCGUUAAUAUAAAACAAACUACUGACAUUAUAUCAAGUGAACAUUUCAUAUUAUUCACUUGUGGGAAAUGCUCUCUUUCUUGGCUCUUAAAUCACGCAUGGUUUCUUGGGUAAGGAAUUUUCCUGAUUCCAUGCCAUUAUAUGUCUCGUUUCUGUACAGCAAUUAUUCUGGCCUGUCUCAAAGAUAUAUAUUUUCCUACGUUAUAUUCACUUAAUAUAAUAAGCAAAACCAAUUAUACUUUAUUACAGCAAGAAUUAACGUAAUCGAUCGUGAUUGUAUCUUUAAAUUUAUGUAAAUGGUAGUAUGGAUCAAGUGAACAUUUCGUGCGUUAUACUUUGUACGAAAUCUUAAUUCUACGAUAUCUUUUGACAUAAAACCAUAAACCAUAAAUUUGUAUGAAUUUAUUUACAGCUGUAUUUAUUAAUAAUAUUGGGAUACAA